AUGGACUUGAACGAUCAGAAAGUCGAGGGAGAGGAGACCCGGUAUUCCCUCUUCGACCCAAAUCGCCUCUCCAGCACCACCGACAUCCGCUUCUCAAUUGAGAUAUUCGAGAUAUGUGAGACCAAGGCCGUGACGCUCUCCCCAGCAAAAGCUCGUCUUAUCGACCUCUGCAAAGCUGAAUUCAGGGACCCUAGCGAGAAGAGAACAUUGGUCGGCCAUGGCAAGUACAUCCAGAUCGACCAUGUUGAAGACUCAGGCCAGCCCAAUGUUGACCGAUACAUUGAUGACCGUUGGGAAAAGGAGAAGAAGCCAGUGACUGUGGGAAAGCUGAAGAGCUCGGACAAGCACAGCACCCGCAAGCCAUCACUGGUCAAGCUGCCGUCGCUUGUGUGGAACCCCAAAACUACAAGCAAGUCAAAGUUCGCUCAGGAGAAGUCGGAGGACCCCAAGACCAAGCCCAAACCCAAAUCGACUGGCGCGACCAUCCCCUUCCACGAGCCCACGGCGGUGGGCAGAGCCGGUCUCACGCCAUACCAGGGUCAGGACGAGCUUAUGUCCCUGGAGCAAAGCAGGCCAACCAGGUCGGUACCACGCGUCCUCUUCAAAAUGAGAGAAGACGCGUGGUCUAUGUUCGCCAACCCGUCGUGCGACUGCACGUGCUACUGCGGCAAUAAGCCACGGCCUCGUCUCAUCUUUCGUCCCGACUCAAGGGACUUGCACCGGCAGCGGCUCCAGGCCUCUGCCUCAACGCCCGCAGAAAACAACUUCGACGACUCGUACACAUUUGCUCGCACCUCCAACUGGGUCUGUAACUUGCCUAAGGACGUCGAGCCAACUCCGGUUCGCAGCAGGUCACUUGCUGAUCUAACUAACCUGUCUACCGUCGCCACAAUGCCUGGCAACCAUCAUCAACAUGGAGAUCGCCGCGGUCGCUCUCGUGAAUGCGAUCACGAGUGCGAUCAUUACGACGGCGUCAGCGACUCGAUGCUCCGCGGCAACUUCAUUCCACUCUCUAAUCUCGCUCGUUCGCCUUCUCCAAAGCGAGACAACGGGGUCCAGCCGUCCCGUGAAGUGCCGGCUCAAAAUGUUUUCGUUCAGUUCAAUCUGACCGACGACCAGGUGAACCAAAUUGCUACUGCUUUGUCCAAUAGGGAGGACAGCAACGAUGAAUCUCACCCUCGCGGCCGGGCUGCUCAGCCCACUACUGAUGCCGCUCGUGCGACCGACAACAAGGAGGUCGCUUCCAAGUCCUCUCGAGCCAAGUCUCCCAGCAAGGCUCAGGUGCGCAAUGGUUCUCCUUCUCGUUCGCGUGCUCGUUCCCGCUCGCCGCUGAAGUUCUUCAACUUUGGCAACAAGACUCCCGAGAAAGGUCAUGCUAAGAUCAAGACCGAAGAUGUUGGCAUCGGCCCCUCAUCCUCGAUCAAGCAUCAGAAGGAAGCCCGCUUCGCUGAGACUGACCCAAUUCCCAACCCCAAAGGCAAGCAGACACGUCACGUUCCUCCCCCGAUCGACACAGGGCUUGCCCAGGCUUGGGAGCUCGAGGAUCCUGGUAAGCAGCCUGUCACUAUUGUCCACAAUCCUCCUGAAUGCCCCAACGAGCACAAGCGUCGCUCGACCAAGAUGCGCAAUGCACCUGAGCCAGCGCUCUAUCGCAUGCCGGAUGACACCUCGUCUUUUUACUCGACCAACACAGUUGGCGAGCGUUACCCCUCUGCAAUUUUGCCGCUUCGCAUUAAGAAGGAGCCGGUCACUCCCGAGGAGCAGAUUCUGCUCGAUCAGCUGCAGAGCCAGGUUGAGUUUGGCGAUAUCCCCAUUCGAGCCAGCAUCCGGGCCAGUAGCCCUCCGUCUCAGUAUCAAUACGGCCAGUUCCCGCAGGAGCAUUCGCAUGCUGGUGCUCACUUCCAGGGUGUCAAGGUACACCCUGUCCAGCAUCAGAUUGUCGAGAACAACAAUGCCUACAUCCACCAGAGCAUUCGUCCGACUAUUCAGCCUGCUCUUCUUGGUCAGAAUGAGCGUCUGAACGAGAACAUCUCGACGAUGCCUAGUUACGUCGACAAUCGCACUUCCAUGCAAACUUCGAAACACAGCUUCAACAACUUGCAUUGGUCGCUCAUGUCUGUUCCCUUGAAUGAUGCUUACUCUCCGCUUGCCCAACUUCUUGGGCCGGAAUACAUGAUGACAGGUCGUGUCGCAUCCAAGGUUCUCAUCGGCGAGCAUGGCUGGCUGGAAGAUACUUCACGCCAGGUAGAACACGUUCCCGACGCCAACCGCAACUCGAGCACCGGUUUCCUAGGCAGUCUGGUGAAGCUUGCUAAGGAUUUCCGUCGCUCCCGCGACUCCGACUCCAAGCAGAACUCCCGCGCCAUGCCCAUCAGCAUGGCCCCCCGCGAGCAAGCCAUCUUCUACAGCGAGCUAGAAUGGACCAUGUCCCAUACAGUCCACAACUUCAUUACCGCACAAUUCAACGCCGGACGUUUGGAUACUGAGAAACUCCGUAAAGUCGCAGAGGACUGGCAGCGGCGCGGUCAUUCUCGCGCAACCGGCUUCCGCUUCGAUCUUGAGACCCAGCUCGAGCUGUGCCGUCUGCACGUCGGCGACUUUCAGUUCUACAACACUAAGCAUAACACCAGCCAGGCGUCGCUGCUCUCGGUGAUCGAGGCCAACCGCUCGAAUGCGCGCGCCUUCAAGAUUCGCACUUAUGUCACCCCCGACACAGUCAUCGCGAAGUGGCUACUCGACUGCCAGAGCUUGCUCAACAUCAUCACCGUCGCCGAUGAGCCGUUCAUUGAGCUGGGCCGUCUGGUCCGGUUCUUCCGUCGCUCUGUCGAGGCCGCUACUACUAUGGCUAAGGCAAAGGAUGAGCAGAGCUCUAAGAUCGGCUCGGACAUAGUUGGCAGCGCGACUGCUACUGCCGGCUCCUCGACUGCGGCCACAAGCACUGCUGCUGGUAGUGGUAAUGGUGCUCCGCCUGCCGCUACGGUCACUGGCGCCUCGGCGGCCAGUCAUCAGGCUGUUUUGGGUUCGCCUAUUCAGCUGCGCCCGAGUCACACUGUUGGUGGACCUGUUAGCGGCAAUCAUGGUCAUGGUUAUGGCCAUGGUCAGCAGCGCCAGAACGAUGGCUGGUGGAAUGGCCGUGGUAGUAUUCUCGAUCCUGCUGAGUAUGCGGAGCAUGAAUGA